ACGGUUUACGAAAAAAACAAGACGCUUAUUGUGAAUUGUUUAGUUUAGUAGUGUAGUAGAUAAAUUAUGUAAAGUUAUAUAAGAUAUUGGAGUUAAAUUGUGAAGUAUCUGUGAUAGUCGUUUAGUAUCCUUAACAUUUUGUAUGUGGUGCUUUACAAGACUGAUUUUUGCCCACUAAAGGAAAUUUUGGAGGUUUCUCUGCAUUAAAUAUGGCAAAGGAGCUGUUGAUAGUGUUUGUCUACGACUGUGAGCGGUGCCAGAAGGAAGAAGAUGACCCUCACGAUGCAGUCGUCUACUUCUACCCGAGUUGGGUGAGCGAACAACAGCGGCUUGCUCUCGUCGGACAACUCAUGGGUGUCAAUCAAUUUUUAAGUACCGUGUUUUCGUCUCCGAGUAUUUUAGCUCUCCAAACUGGAAAAUUUGCAAUGAAACCUCUUGGAAGGUUUAUUUUGUGUGUCGGAACAGACCGUAAUAUCCCAGACGUGGUAUUGGAGACCAGAAUAAACACUCUCUACCGGCUCAUCAGGUUUUACCACCUGGACUUUGAAACCAUGUCAAACAAGUCAGGCCCACAGUUCUCUGAGAGGCUAAAUCUUAUAUUUGAAACUUAUUUACCGAUCUUGCAGUAUGCUGGAAAUAUUUUUGGAAGUAUCCCGACAUUCAAUUUGCCAAAGAGCGCAAGUAGUGUCUUCUUGGAGGCGAUCCAGAUCCUGCAGUGCUUCCAGGACAAGACUGGAGUUUUGGGGGGUGUUGUCCUUUACCAGAACAAGGUUGUUGCUACCCAGAUGAGUGCUAAUCUAACGAAGCUCCUUGUCAUUACGGAUCCGUACAGAAUAAAGUUGCCAGCGGAAGCAGUGUCUACACAGUUCCGUCUGCCGGUGGGGGUCCAGUUAAUCACUGUGUUUGUGGAGAAGUCGGAGAUGGACCGGUUAGCCAAAGAAGUACGGGACAUGAGGGCGGCCUUGCAGUCCACUAAACUGAAGCAGCAGGAGAUCCACAGCAAGGAAAAAACACCAGCAGUAAAGCCAUCAACAAGUAAGGAGUUGCCCCCUGCCCCGAGCUACGGGAUGAAGCGGGAUGUAUCAAGGAUAUUCACAGUGAUGGAGGAAGUCGAGGGGGAGGGAGAUGCAGAAGGGGAGAAGGUGCCUGAUGUGGUGCGAGAUGCAGUGAAGGCGCGCAAGACGGCUCGCUUCCUUUCGGUCGCCCCAGCAGGGUUCGUGAUACCCGAUCUCCCAGUCACCAAACGAGCACAGACCACAGACGACAUUCAGAGCAAACUAUCAGCUUCUGGGGGGAGCAGACUUAGCAUUGGAUACUGCAGCCUGCGCACACUGGACGCAGAGAUGUAUGCUAAUGACAUGUCCUCUACCGUCGACAGAUACUGCAGCUUGGGCACCCUGACCUCGGAGGAAGGAGGUGAAAGUGAACAGUUGAGGCCCUACUACAACACCAUCUGUGACCCGAAUUUCCCUCUGUUCCACCGCAGUGGGUUGCCCGCCUCUCAGGCGCUCUACGACAGUCGGGUCACACAUCACUACCGAGAGCUGAGCGAGGAGACCAACCAGGGCAAGAAACAGAGACCUCGCAGUUUCGCUGUCAGUCUGGACGAAGACCGAGGGAAGAAGCAGCAAGCAAGACGAGCACUGAAUCUCCCACUCAGCAACACCUCAACUGAUUCCAAGGACAUGGUGCCAAUGACUGAACUGGGCUCUCGCAAACCGAACAUGACCAUACCUCUGACUCCACUGAUGGCAAAACUCAGUCUGUUAGCCAUGGAACAGCAUAGGGGGGAAAGUACUUCCCCAUCUCCUGGUCCCCGACCAACCCGUCCAGUGAGGCGGAGCCGAGCACAACGGGAGAGGCAGCGUAAAUACGUAGAACCGCUGCAGGAGAACGUUCUGUACAUCUGUGGCUACCAGGACAUGACGCUACUGCUUGUCUUGGACCCGGCAACCAGUCAGGAUCCGGAUCAGAUACAUGCUCUGUGGCAAAUGAGUGUGAGCAGCUUGAAUGAGCUGGAGACCCACCUGCACCACUGCUUGGAGCAUUGCCCCGGGGCGACCGCCUGCGAGUCCUACAGCUGGCUCAGUGUGGACCCACAUUGGGGGACUGUGCAGCGUGGCGGGGCAUGGGCGGGGGCUCGGCUGGAGCUCCUCACCUCUCUCCACCAACAAUUCAACACCCGCCGUAACCUCACCGAGACCAUCGUCAGAUCUGAGGACAGUAUAAUCUACGGGUACCAGUGUGGCGGAGUGCAGAUAUUCUACCAGCAAGUGUGCAGUGAGGGGGCUGGACUACCGGCACCCUCAGACCUCAUCGGGGUUGUCUCACUCAAGGCCAAACGCAGACUAGAGAGAGAUCACGGGAUCGUGCUUUUGUAAGAGCUUCUGAAAGGUGCAGAACGUUGAUGUCCAAAAUAGUAAAACUGCAAGAUUGGUGUAAAAUGGAUGGUUAGACCGAAAGUGUAUUGAGGUUGUCAAUGAAUUGUUCUACACCUAAUUAUUAUAGCUUAAGAAGGGUAGUCAGGUAACUUGUAAGUCAUGUGCUUAGCAACCGAUUAAAUAUUAUAAUUCCUAUAUAUUUUGCUGAUUUUGUUAAUUAUGAUUUAGCCGUAUAUCUCCUAAUUUAUUUUCAAGACACAUGUUAGUUCUGUGCGUUUGUGUAGUGUAAAAUGAAUAAUUUUUUUAUACAUGACUUGAGCAUCUCAUUUAAAGAAUGUGCUUAAUGAUUGAGGUAUCCUGGUCAUAGUUUUAUUUUCUCAACAUAAUGGUGUUUUAGAUUUCUAAACAGAGUUUGUAAGGAAAAAUGUAUGCAUGCAUGACAGAUGAAACAUUCCUUCUGUAAUAUUAUUAAGGACAUUUACACUCUGUAGGUUCAAUAUAGUCUGAUAUGGUGUGAAACUCUUUUAUUACGUUAUUUAUUACUCAGUGGUGUUUAAUACCAAAGCAGAUAAUUUAAGGUACUUCUUGCAUUUAGUGUUGUAGGACAACUAAAAAUGUAUAAAAUAGGAAUUUUCGCAUUAUCUAUGUACGUAUUUAUUAAAACUACAAAAGCAUUUUGCAAAAAUUCAAUGAUAACGUUACAUUAGAUUGCAAGAGUUUAUAGUUAUUUUUAAGUUACCAGAAACUGUUAGUUAAUCAAAUCGAGUAAAAGUGGUUCAUGUGCAUAUUUUUCUUCAUAAAGGUGUUGAAAAGUUCCUUUUAGAAUGUCACUUUUCAAGUUUAACUUGUUAGAAUCACAGUAAGAAGAGAUUACUUGGAUUAAAACAUUGAUUCUGCGCACCGUUACUAGACUGUAACUUUGAACAAUAAAAAAUGACACCAAAUAAGUUAAAAGCUUUUCUAACCCAAUAUGAAUGACACGACAGUAAUAAAUGAACUUUGUGCCAAAUUAUUUCCUACUCGUAGUCCAAAACUGCUUUUCAUUUUAGAAUAUUCUCUUCAACUGUGAUCUUAGUUGUAUUUAGUUUGCUUUAAAAAGUGGUAAAAACUAGAUUAAGAAGACCCAAUUAAUAUGUUCAUACCAAAAAACCUAAAUGUUAUUUUUAUGUUAUGUGUUUUAUGAUAAUUCUGUAUUUUAGAGAUGUUAGUGAUAGAUACAUGUACAGCCACUGAACAAAGUUAUAAAUGUAAAUGUAAGUGAUUGCAACAUAAAUAACUGUACUAGAACUGCUUGUUAUAGUUUUAAGACAAGAUGCUUGUUAAUAAAUCUUAAUUCAUAUCAACUUGAUGAUUUUGUAUAUUGUAAUAAAUGAUAUUUUAGUAACUGUUUC